GGUUGCAGCUGCAGCAGCAGGGCUUGUCCCCGCGUACAGUCACAGUGAGCAUGUGCAGAUCAGCCCCACUCCCGCUGCCUGAUACAGAGGCUUGUCUGUGCCAUGUUUGUGUAAUGUGUGCCUCUGCUGAACGCGAUUCACACGCAGCCGGCUCGCCCCUCUCACCCGUCUGAUGUUUUCUUGCUUCUGUUUCAGUCUUCAGGAUAAUUCCUUCAGCAGCACAGCUGUAGCGGAGAGCGAAGGUGAAGCAACCUCUCUACAUGAGGACCAAACUGUGUGUUCCAAGCUCAGAGAUGAAAAUAAUAAAGAGAAUUACCCUCAAAGAGCAGCAGAACUGGAAGAACAUGCUUCACCGUCGUGGGACGCACAACCUCAUGUGGAAAAGAAGGUGUUUGAUGGCGCUUCCAGACAUGCUGUUGGCAUCCUGCAAAUAAAAAAGUCGUGGUCAAGCGUCAAGUCGGAAAACGGGAAGGGACAUGAAGGCAGUCAGGAAAUCGAGAAUGUAAUUCCAAGCCUUCCCGAAAGUCGGACUACAAAAGGAAUGACAUCUCACAAUCACCCUCAUCAUGUAACCGUAAGAGGCACAGCCGAUUUCCCGCAGAGGAACAGCCCUGUUAUGAGGAUCCAGUCAAAAGAAGCUGCUGAACAUUUCCAAAAUGUGGGUGAGGAGGAGGUGGUUCAAGCUCAUGGAUCAAAAGAGGCAACCAGCUCAUUAGUUCAAAAUGUGCCAAGCGAAGGUGCCAACCAUACAGAAUCAGCCCAUCGAGACUCUCAGAGCGAUACCGAUCGCGGCCCCGAUGAUUCCCGCAGCCUUGGGACCAGCCGUCUGCUGUUUCACAUUACAGAUGGUGACAAUCCCCUCCUGUCACCUCGCUGCUCUAUCUUCAGUCAAAGCCAGAGAUACAACCUGGAUCCUGAGUCCGCGCCUUCUCCACCCAGCACUCAGCAGUUUAUGAUGCCAAGAAGCAAAUCAAGAAGUAAUUGUGAAGAUUCAAAAGAACCUCUAACAGUCGUCCAACUUACCAAACAAAUUCAAAAUCUCAAAAGGAAAAUAAGAAGAUUUGAAGAGAAGUUUGAACUGGAAAAAAAUUACCGCCCUUCCCACAGUGAUAAAACCUCCAAUUUAGAAGUCCUGAAAUGGAUGAAUGAUUUGGCAAAAGCACGCAAGCAGCUUAAAGAGCUUAAGCUAAAAUUGUCUGAGGAUCAAAAUGUCCCAAGGACAUCUCAAAGCAAUGUCCGUGAAGAGAGGUCCUUAGCGCCUGUUGUAGUAGAGCAGCACGGAGCCGCGAGUACCUCGAUGUCCUCUGUGGAGGAAACUGUUGAAACCGUCUGGAAAAGACUGAAGGAAAAGAGACAACUUCUCAAUCUCCCAGAAAAUCUGAAGGAUAUGACAAAAAAGCAAAUGAAUCUGGAAAAAAUCAGUCUUCAGAAAUGCCUUCUGUAUUUUGAGAAUAUUCAUGGACGACCUGCUACAAAGCAGGAGAGAAGCCUCAUGAAGCCUCUUUAUGACCGAUAUAGGAUUAUUAAACAGCUGCUGUCCACUGCAACUUUGAUUCCAACAAUACAUGAAGAAGAAGACUCAGAUGAUGACAAUAUACAACAUGGCAGUUGUUUACCUUUAAAAACAGAGGCAGAUGGCGUAACAGAUGAACAGCUUACAUAUUCGAGUGAUGACCUAGAACCCACUUACGUGUCUCCCCUAGAUGAGAAAAGGCCAGUAAGGCAACCGGCUCUGUCAAUGUCCAACCUGCAUGAGGCAUCAAUGCCUGAACUUCUUGAUCAUCUACGGGAGACCAGAGCUGACAAGAAAAGAUUACGAAAAGCUUUAAGAGAAUUUGAAGAUCACUUCUUAAGACAAACAGGAAGAAGCGUUCAGAAGGAAGACCGAAUACCAAUGGCUGAAGAGUACUGUGAAUACAAGCAGAUAAAAGCUAAGCUACGGCUGCUGGAGGUCUUGAUCAGCAAGCAAGAUGUUGCUAAAACAAUUUAGAGUCUGUGAAUACUUCUCAAGCAGUGUUCAUAGAAUAAUAUAAAUUACUGUGUUUCUGCACACCCAUGUAUGACACUGAAACUCUACUGCACUUUAAAUGUUAUACACUACCUGGUAGGGAUAACAGUAGCAAGAACCUUGAAGAAAGGGAUCGCUCCCUUCUUCAGCCUCCAAGAACAUCUGCUGAACGCCAUUAUGGUUACUAUUGCAUUUGUGAAAUCUUAGAAUGGGGCUAAUUUAAUAAGGCUUUUACCAUUGAUACAGAUGUUUUAAUUGUUUGUUUUUUAGUUCUUUGAAAAUUCAACAUCAGUUUUUUUUAAAAAAAAGAUCUAGAACUGAUACCCCAAAUUUUUUUUCUAUGAACUGCUUCAUUGUCUGAAGUGCCUUCGAUGUGUUGCAGACUCCCUAUAUAAAAGAUUUUAAAAAUUCUAUCAAA